GAGUUUUAUGAAACAUCAAACAAAAGAAACAGUACUGAUUACGAUCACAGAGAAUUGUCCUUUCGUACUAAAAUCACCCUAAAUUGUAUUUAUCUUCCCUUCAAAUUGAUGAAAGAAACGGAAAUUUAUUCAAUUUCUUGCUCUGUGGCUGCACGAUGUCUAGUUUUUCCUGACUCUCAAUCGCAAUAUUUUUUCAUCUGCCUGAAUUCUGUUUUUCUUUGACGAUUUCUCCUUGUAAAAUAGCGAGAAACAACGUAUUCGCCAAUCGAGGUUUUCCAGCUGUUCAGAACGAAAGCGGACAAAUGACAAAGGGAAAUAACAGCGCGUCAAAGCAGCUAGCUAAAUGGACAUAGCCAUUGGAUGAAAAUAAAAUAAGGUUUAAUUAACGAAGACCUUCAGGCACAAAUUAACAUAUACUUUGAAACAAAAUUAGAGCAUAUUUACUCACAGUACAAAACGUGUUUACUUGAUAAAGGUCGAGAGGGAUGUUUAUUUUCAUUUCCUUUACUCGAAGGCUUAACUGCAGCAUUUCUGUAUACCUCGCGUUUUUCAAAGUGUUGUUAAAUUCUGGGCUCAGUAGUGUGUGAAAGAAGUGGCCUAAACAAAGAAGAGUCGUAACUGUAUUUGUGUAGAUCGAACAUCUCAUCACAAAGGAGAAAAAAAAAAGCUGAAAAAACGUGCCUGAAAUGGCGGAGCUAAUGGAGGAAAAUCGCUCUGACGGCAACCUCAGCAUCUCUUCGAAGACGAUCCAUAAAACGGAUGAUACCUCGUGGGACCUUGAAUUACCUCCCAUCAUUUCCCUGACUGUGAUAGGCUGCGCUGUUGUGGUUUCCAAUGCACUUGUCUGUAUACUUUUCUGCCGGUACCACAGACUUCGAACGAUUACUAACACUUUCAUUGUUAGUUUGGCGAUAAGUGAUCUAAUGGUCGCCACGGUAUUCCUACCGACCUAUCUGGCUGGCUUGGCUAUAAGCCCCUACAUCAUUGCUUACAUCCUUUUCGCGUAUCUUUUCAACUUCUGUGGCAUUACGUGGGAUAGAUACCAAGCCGUUCUCAAGCCCCUUUCGUACAGAUCGAACGUAACGAGAGCAGUUGUGUACAAGAUUUUAGCACUAGUAUGGACAAUGCCAUUUUUGUUAGCGAUAAUACCAAUAUUUUGGGAGUAUCGGCUCGGUAUCAAACUGUCCGCAGAGCGUAUUUACCAAGGAGUCUUGGUUACCAUUGUCACAAUCUGUUCAGUUUUGAUUUGCUGGGCGUACAGCAAAAUAUUUCGUGCUACACGUCGUCAGGUAAAAUGGAUGAUUGAGAUGUCGGAGACAAAUGCAAGAAUAGUAAACAAUUCACAACCAAUCAGGCUUCCCCGACAAAUGUCAAAGAGAUUAUCGGUGAACAUUUCAACAGAAGUAAAGGCGGCCAAAGUUUUUGCUCUCGUGGGAUUGACAUUUGCAGUUUGUUGGCUGCCUUUAAUCGUAAUAAACGUUUUUUUCGCAAUCGGCUACCCCAACUUGGUUCCAAUUGCUUUUCUCGAUGCGUCUCUUUAUUCACUGGUGGGUAAUGCAUUAGCAGAUCCUUUGAUUUAUUCGUUCUAUAAGUCAGACUACAGGCGUGCUUUUAAGAGAUUUUUUCGUUGCUGCCGAUAUGGAGACAAGAGCUCGUCAGGGAGUUCAAUGACAGCUAAUGAUUCUCUGUUCGCAGAAGGAAGCUGCAAUCAGGGAGAUAACAAUCUGGUAUAAACCGACAGUGUUAUCAGUUCAAUGAAAGACCUUCAGUAUAGUUACCGGUUAAUAACAAGAGGCAAGGAAAUCAUUUUCAAGUUGAAAUUAGUUUUUAUCCUUUCUGUACAAAUUGUCGGCAGUGUAUCGGCUGAGGUCAGAUAUGUGGUUGCAUAUGUUAAUGUUAUAUCUCCAGGCCCCAGUUGUUCGAAAGCGGAUUAACGCUAAGCCGCGAUUAAAUGGUCCUAAAUCUACGGUAUAAAUUUAUCCUUCCAUUACAUUCUGUUCCUCGAAGCUCGAUAAGCACUAUCGAAGGAUUAAAAUAAGGGUUUAAUUUAACACACCUAACUAGGUUAAUCGAUGCGUCUCUUUAUUCACUGGUGUAAUAAAUUAGCAGACCCUUUAAUUUAUCCUUUCUAUAAGUCAGACUACAGACGCGCUUUUAAGAAUUUCUUCGUUGAUGCCAAUAUUGAGACAAAAGCUAGUUAGGGAGUUCGGUGACAGCUAAUGACAGUUUGCAGUAGCUGAAAUCAGGGAGACAACAAUCUGGUAUAAAACAACAUUAUUAUCACUUCAAUGAAAGACCUUCAGUAGUUAUCAGUUAAUAAUACGAUGCUAGGAAAUCAUUUUCGAGUUGAAGUUAAUACUGGAUGUAAUUUCAUGUUCCAGUAAGUUCAGUUGGAAGCACGGUCUGGAGCAGUUUGGAAUACUCUUGGAACAAGUAUUAUACUAGGCUCGAUUUCCGCCGCUUUCUCGUGUCCGGUCUACGUUCCUCCCCGAAAAGAGAGGAGUGCCUUCGGGGGAGGAGCGCUGGCGCCUUUCCCGAACAGCGGCUGGUAAUCGAGCCUAGUAUUAUACUUUCUGUACAAAUUCUCGCUAACUGUCAUGUUACUAACUUGUAUGUAAGUGAGAUCCAGAUAAGCAGUUUUACAUGUUGAUGUUUUGAAUUUAACACAGUUGCCCGUUUCUAAAGCUUCAUUGGUUGGGCCAACAUCUUUCACUUUUGUACCAGAGAAGUAAUAAAACCUUGACAUCUCGUAAUUUUAAUUUAUGAGACUUCCACAUUUCGUUUCGAAGGAAGAAUGAACGAAUGAACGAACAACAAAAAAGAAGGUUUGACGUCUCUGAAGAGAGUGCAAGCACAUAAUGACAAGCAAACUUGAAGACCUUU